GCCUCUUCGACUGCACCUCGCGACGACUCUUCCGCUCGUGAGCACGGCAGGUUUAUCACGUCAGGAGUUUAGGAAGUGAGUUUGAACAAGCGAGGACUGAAAUCACGGCUUUAUUGCCUACACACACACACACACACACACACACACACACUUCUCCCGGGGUUUGCUCUGCUGUCUCUCAUGUUGCGGAUAUGGAUACAGUUUCUGGUCAGUGUUGUAGGUGUGCUGCUCACGCCAGGUGUGUAUCGCACAUUGGCGAUCGAGGUGUCCACGCCCAAAGAGCUGACAGCGGCUAACGGGACAGAUGUGCGGCUCAAGUGCACCUUCAAAUCCAGCCAGCCGGUGUCGGAGAAAUCAGUGUCCGUCUCCUGGAGCUUCAAACCACUUGGCUCGAGCUCGGAGGAAAAGUUCUUCUACUAUCAAGAGGUACCCUUCCCACCUGAUCGAGGUCAAUUUAAAGGUCAUGCAGUGUGGUCGGGGAACGUGCUGAAGAACGACGGCUCCAUCACGCUGACCAGCGUGCAGUUCAGCUUUAAUGGCACCUACACCUGCCAGGUGCUCAAUCCACCCGACGUGCACGGCUUCACCAGCGAGAUCCGCCUCGAGGUCGUUCAGUCAGUGAAGCUCUCUGAGAUCGGAAUUCUGGCUGCGGCGGUGGGCGGAGCCAUCUUGCUCAUCCUCUUCAUCCUCUCCAUUGUUUUUACCGUGCGCUAUUUCCGAGGUCGCCGUGGAGACGCAGCCAUAGAGCUGCAAGACUCAAAGCGGGCGAGCGUAUGCAGGACUCAUGAGGAGUUUAUGCCAAUAAACGGACCAGAGAAAGAGCUAGAAAAGGACAAACUCCGAGACGAUCUAGAAAAGAGCAAACUUCAUGAAGAGGAGCCAGAUGCUAAGAGCGAGGUUAAAGAAUCUCAUGCUAACUUAAAACCCAGCGAUGAUGACUAAGCAAACGUGAUAUUUCCGGUCCAUAAUGGACAUAUCUUCUAGAUUCUGCGUAACCAGAUGCAGAUGCAACUACUACUUCUACGUAUCAUUUUUAAUCAUUGUUUUAUAGUUUUUAUGGUUAGCAUACAUUUUUAGUGUUUCAUACUAACGAUGCUGACUAUGAAAUGAUCAAACUGAAAUGAGCAGUGAGUAAACUUUUGCAUAGAUGCUAGCCCUGAAAUGAAUUGAAAGAAGUGAUAAAGCCUAGCCUCUCGUGACCACACGCCUUUUCAGAUUAAACGCUAGCUUAAAGGAACAGCCUGCAACAUGUUAGCAAAGAUGCUAAUAACAUAACAAAACUUGAAUGGUUGUGCUAGCCAUGACAGAACACAAUUGGAACAACUUAGCAACUGUAAAAGACAAGAGUGGGGG